CCAUACACAAGUAUUUUUGUCCGCUUCGGCGCGCCAUAGGAAACAUCCUUCUUCUUGUCUAGCGAACUGCUUAUUAGUCUGCAACUCCGUAAACCAAAGAGAUGCGUGGCCUAGUCUGAGCUUACAGCCAUCGCCCGAAACACGAACUACUGGUUUCACGCUACGCCGCCAUGUUAAUUUCCGAAGAGUUUACAGUACGGUCGGGAGAUGACAUCACUACGAUGAUCGGAAAGUGCUAAUCGUUCGGGUCUACUUCACGAAACGACAGUUUUUCCAUUACGCAUCGCGGUCGUAGGCCGCACACCACCUGACCAGGCCGAGCCCCCUCUCAUGGUAGCAACCCAUAAUGCAUCGUCUAGCGCAAAUAUCCCGUUGUUCCUUCCGGUUCCUUAGCUGUUCAAAAAAUCAUGGCUCUGCACAUUUCAGAGGCGGACGAGGCAAUAAUGUCAACACUAACCAACUUCUAAACCCAUAAACGUUUGACAUCAUGUACUUCGAUCAGGGUGAAGAAAGAGAACUGAAAGUUUCUGUCAUGUUGAAACGAGCUCAAGGAAGAAAGAAAGUCCUGACGUCUGUAAACUGGAAAGAGAGAGUUUUUGUGUUAACGCCUAAAACUCUUAACUAUUUUGAAGGCAGUUCUGAGAAACGUGGAAGAUGCAAGGGAUCUAUUCCUUUAAGCUCAGUAAAAGCAGUAGAGUUUGUUGAUGACACAGCAUUUGACCAAAACAGGAAGUUUUGCUACUGCUUUCAAGUUGUGUAUGAUGACUUAGUCCUCUAUGUAAAUGCAAGAAGUGAACAAGAGAAGAAAGAAUGGGUAGAGGCUAUACAAGAUGGUAUGUAUGGAGAAAAUGUAGCAAUUAUUAUAGUUGUCAAAUGGCUUGGUUUGUUUUACUUUGCUAAUACUGCAGGUAGACGUUACACAGAGAAUUCAAGGACAUCACAUUUCAUAGCUUCCCAGCCCUUACCUCCUAUUCCUCCUACAUCAGGUGAAGGACAGCCUCAGCUGGAACAGAAAGCAAAGAAAGAACAAGGAAAGAAACCACCUGAAGUUGUUGUGGCCAUUUAUGAUUUUCGUGGUGCUGAACAGGGGGAUUUAUCACUCCUCAAGGGAGAGAAUCUUACUGUUAUUGAUAAACAGUCAGAUCACUGGUGGAUAGCCAAAAACUCAAGAGGGGAACAGGGUUACAUUCCUAGUAAUUAUGUUAGAAGACAAGGGUUGGAAAGUGAAAGUUGGUUUCAGCCUGAAAUGUCAAGACAAUUGACUGAGGACAUUUUGAAGAAAGAGGAAAAAGAGGGUUGCUUUCUGGUUCGUAAUUCAAGCAAAGAGGGAAUGUACACAUUGUCAGUUUUGCAUGGUGAUCAUGUUCGUCAUUACCACAUCAAAAAAGAUAAUGGACAGCUCUACAUAUCAGACAGACAUAGAUUUCCUACUGUGUCUGAACUUAUCAACUAUCAUCAACAUAAUAGUGGAGGCUUAGUGACCAGACUACGACAACCACCUUCAUUUGGUCAAGCACCUGUUGCAGCAUUUGGUCAUGAUAUAUGGGAAAUUCCUAGAUCAGAAAUUGUCCUUGGCAGAGAGCUAGGUACAGGACAAUUUGGGACAGUCAGACAAGGUACAUUCCGUGGAAAUUUGCAUGUGGCUGUUAAGAUGAUGAAGGAAGGUGCAAUGUCUGAGGAUGAUUUUAUUGAUGAAGCAAAAGUCAUGACGCAAUUUCAACAUCCUCAUCUAGUUCAGUUGCAUGGAGUUUGCAGUGAGAAACCCAUCUAUAUCAUUACAGAAUUCAUGUCUCAAGGGUGUCUUUUGCAUUACCUGCGGCACAAUCAGAGUGGCCUUCAGCCUCCUCAAAUGACAGAAAUGGUACGUCAAGUGGCAUCAGCCAUGAUGUAUCUGGAAAGUAGAAACUUCAUUCACAGAGAUUUGGCAGCAAGGAACUGUCUCAUCGGAGAUAGCGACAUCGUGAAAGUUGCAGAUUUUGGUUUAGCAAGAUAUGUUAUUGAUGACGAAUACACAGCAUCGGAGGGGACAAAAUUUCCAAUAAAAUGGGCAUCACCAGAGGUCAUUCUAUACACCAAAUUCAGCAGUAAAUCAGACAUAUGGGCUUUCGGAAUCCUAACAUGGGAGAUAUAUUCAGCGGGAAAACAGCCGUACCCUUCUAUCAGCAAUACUGAUGUAGUUCAAAAGGUCAUCAAUGGUUAUCGACUGCAGAAGCCACAUAGGUGCCCUGAUGAGAUGCACAGAAUUGUAGAACGCUGCUGGAACGCGGAACCAGAGCAGAGACCCUCCUUUGGAGCAGUAUACAAAAUCAUUUUAGACUUUGUGGGAGAAGAUUACGAUGAAACUAUUGAGUAAGGAAGAACCUCGGCAAUUGAAGAACUGAAUGGCACCAGUGUUAGGUAAAAAGUGCCAAAUUCAAAAUGAGAAUAGUUAAGUGAUGCGCCAAUGUUGAGAAAUCGUGAUUAGUGAAUUACGAUGAAUUAUAAAAGUCAGGUUUUGUAUUGAACUAGGUGUCCAUGUAUCGAAUCCCGACAAACUUUCCUUUCAAAUAUAUUGUCUGUUAACUAAGUUUUUCUGUAAUUGAAGUUAUGUUUUAUACUUGAAUAAUACUGUUAUUAUUGCUAUAAAAAUAAACUGCAAUAUAUAUA